AUUUAGAAAAUGGAUAAUGCUGGUUCUUCCACAUCUAGGUUAGCCAGACCUUACACGAUCUGGUUCUCAGGAUUUAUUCCAUCAGAAGACCAAGACUCCGACCGCAACAUGACUCAUGUCAUGGAGCCAGUUGCCGAAGUGGAGACCGUCGAAGACUUCUGGGCUGCUUACCAAUAUCUUCUGAAGCCGAACGAAGCUCUGUCCAAGACCUGUUACCAUGUGUUCAAGCAAGGAAUCAAACCUAUCUGGGAAGACGACUCCAACAAAGACGGAGGAAGAUGGCACAUCUGGUUCCCGAAGGGCCAGACCAACAAGCUGUGGGAGGACCUUCUGCUCCACCUGAUCGGGAACCAGUUCACUCACGGAGACUCCAUCUGCGGAAUUGAAGUCAGAAUCAAGCCGAGAGGAGACUCUCUGUCCAUUUGGCAUAGCGACGCCUCCGAUUUAGACCAAAAGGAAAAAGUCAAAGAAGAAUUCUUGGCUGCAAUUGGGGCCUCCGAUGCUGGACUCAAGGUUGAAUACCACAAGUUCCAGGAGUCAAUAGCUUUUGAGAAGAACCACAGAGACAAGAAGAAUAGUGGUUUUGAAAGAAAAGCAAAAGCAGAAUAAACACGAAUAUUAAAAGCGGAUAUAUUUUCUUCAAUUUAAGGAGUA